CAACGUCAUUGUUUCCGACAGUCUCCGUCAAAACAUCAAUUUGCGCUCGACGCUCGAUAAAGCUCUCAUCCCGUCUAAACCCAAUACACAGGAACUACAUUCCAUCAAAAUGGCAAACGUGGCGCUGCUUGGAUCUACAGGAAUGGUGGGAACACAUAUCCUCAACAGCCUUCUCUCAAGCAGUUCCGUCUCGCGCGUCGACACAAUCUCCCGACGCACUCCUCAAGCAGCUGCUGCCGCUCAAGCAAAACUAACCACCUUCGUCUCCGAUGACACUUCCAAGUGGGCAAGCCAGCUCUCCACACUCAGCCCCACGCCAUCCAUUUUCAUUUCCUCUUUCGCGACCACAAGAGCAGCCGCAGGUGGCUUUGAGAAUCAAUACAAGAUUGAACACGACCUGAACGUGGAGCUGGCGAAAGCUGCCCGUGACGCAGGCACAAAGGUCUACGUACUGAUUUCGUCGAGUGGCGCGAGUACCACUUCGAACUUCGCGUACACUAAGAUGAAAGGAGAGAUUGAGGAGGAUAUCAAGGCUCUGGGCUUCGAGAGGACUGUGAUCCUUCGACCUGGACUAAUUGCUGGUCAGCGAGAGGAGAGUCGACCUCUGGAGGCUGCUGCUCGGUUCGUUGCCGGUGCCUUCGGUAAGCUGCACUCGAGUCUGAAGGACGGGUGGGCACAGGAAGCAGAUGUCAUCGGCAAAGCCGCUGUCAAUACUGGUCUGAAAGCACUUAAUGGUGAUGUCCCUGCUGGCAGUGAGAAGGUCUGGGUUCUGCAUGGCAGUGAUAUCAUCAAAUAUGGGAAAGAAUGAGCUGGUCGACUUAUUAUAUACAUGGUCUUUAGAAGUUCUCGGCGUGGACUUUGAUUUGCGUAUAGCGUUAUACUUUGUUUUACACAAGGCCCUCAAAGUCUAAUAUAUACUUUACGGUGUGCUAUAAUCAAAUAGGAAAGCUGUCAGAUCCACUUCCAUGAACCCCAAACUCAGUAACAGCUCGAAGAUCUAUCUCCCCCCAACCUUGAUCUCACGAUUCUUCCUCGCAGACCCCCUAGUACUAUGCCCCUCCUUAUCAGCAUUUUUCUCCGCACCUCCCUCCAUCGGAUCCCUCUCCCGUCCAACAUCCUUAUCCCCGGCACUAACCCCGAGGGGAUCCCUCCUAGACCCUUCCCGCUUAGACUCCUCCCUCGACGCCCCAAUCUCGGUCUCCGGUGCCGUGUUAGAGGGGUCGAAUGCCGCGUCGCGAUGCGAGACUUCGUCGGUCGUCCCGGACUGCGAGGCUUCAGUCCGCGAGGGAUCGAGCGCGUGCCGGUCGUGAAAGUGGUCUUCUUCGUCUUGGGGUUGUGCUUGGCGGCGCGGGAUCGCGGUGAAUGUGCGCUGGGACUGGCGGGUUGCGAGGUUGCGGCUUAGGAUGUUUCCGGAAGCUGGUUGUGUGCGAAUGGUGGUUGUCGCGGUGGUGCGCGCGAUGUGGCGGAUUGGGGUUGCGAGGUCUUUCCACAUUUUUUGCUGGUUUUUAAGUAGGCUAAUUGUGUUGUAGUAUUGGUUUGGUUUAUUGCGAAGAUGCAGUGUAUCGCCCAAACGGUGAUCUAUAAAUUGGAUGAUC